AUGGAGAAGAAACGAAACACUAAACCUCAUAUAUCCCAUUCCUGGUCGGAGCUUCCUCUAGACCUCUUGAACUCGGUGUUUGAACGCCUUAGCUUUGCUAAUUUUCAAAGAGCUAAAUCGGUGUGUUCGUCUUGGCACUCUGCUUCGAGACAAUCCGUGCCCAGAAAUCAGAUCCACUGGCUGAUUCUCUUCCCUGAAGUCAACAACAACAACAACAACAACAACUAUUCAUGUACGUUGUUCAAUCUUGAUGAGAAAUACAAACAUUACAAAACGCAAGAUCUUGGUGUUGAGUUUGCAAAGAGUGUAUGUAAGGCAACCUAUGGAAGCUGGCUCCUUAUGAAAAAAUAUACUCUAAAUGAGAUGUACAUUGUGAACCUCUUUACCCACGAGAGGAUCAAUCUACCUCCCGUGAAGUUAUUAUGGGAAGAUUAUGAGUUACACACUACAGGUAGGCAAAAAAUGAUAUACCAAGGUAGGAAUGUACGGUCCCCUGUGUUUUGGAUUGACGAGAAAACCAAAGAUUACGUUGUUAUAUGGGGAUUUGGAAGAUGGUGUGUGGUUUAUUCCAAGAAAGGAGAUACCUUGUGGAACAAGAUUCCGGAAACUUUAGGUUGUUUCGACAUGGUUUACAGGGAUCACAAGCUUUACUUCCUUAGCAAAAAUGAUGUCUUCAAAAUCUUUGAUUUGUCUGGAGAGAUUCCACAACAAACCUUUCAGUGGAUGGUCUCUGUGGACAAAUGUCAGCCUCGUCCACCACCUAGGGAAUGGUACAGUAGUAUCACAAGACUUGUAGUCACAUUGACAGGAAAAAUCCUCAAGGUUGAACAAAUGUGGGUAAUGGGUUCUAGAAACUGGUCCUUCAGGGUUUUUGAGGUUCAUUCAUCAGACCUACAAAAGAAACCACAACGUCGGAUACAUUCUCUGAGAGAUGAGUCGAUUCUUUUGGAUCAAGGCAUCACUGUGCUCGCCAAUGACAUUGAUGGAUUCGUUGUAUGUUUACCUUCAAUCUUGAGACAUAGAAGACGGAGCCCGCUGCACACAUUUGGUAAUUCUUCAUUUCAAUUAUAUAGAGCUCAGUGGUUCGUACCUAGUUUCACGCUUAAAUGA